GACAUAAAGGGAACAGAAAGACGACUACAGAAGUAAUCAGAGGAAGAGAGUCUCAGUGGCAUGUUGGUUAUGGCGCUGCUCAGGACGUCUGUGGCCUUUCUGCUUCACCUGGCCUCCUCUCUGGCGGCUCCGGUGCCCUGUGAGGACAAAGUGGUCCGGCUGGAGGCGGAGAUCCAGAACCUGAUGAGCGUGAUCAACGACCAGCACCGCUACAUCCUGGAGCUCCACAGCAGCCAGGCCCAUCAGCUGCAGCACAUCCCCAACUCUCAUCUGGGCGUGGACAACCUGUACAGAGACUGCUCCGAGGUGUUUGCAGACGGUAACGUGGCCAACGGGCUCUACGUCAUCCGCCCAGACGGAUCUCCCACAGCGCUGAGCGUCUACUGUGACAUGAACAACGGAGGAGGCUGGACCGUCUUCCAGCGCAGGAAAGACGGCAAAGAAAGCUUCGACAGAGCCUGGGUGGAGUACAAGCAUGGCUUUGGAGAUCUGUUCUCCCCCGAAGGAGAGUUCUGGUUGGGCAACGAGCCUCUGCACCAGCUCACCUCACAAGGAAAUUAUGAUCUUCACAUCGACAUGGAGGACUUCGAGGGAAAUCAACGCUACGCAGAGUACAAGAACUUCAGAGUGGACGACGAAAAGGACCAGUACCAGCUACAUUUGGGGGAGUACUCUGGGAACGCCGGCGACGCUCUGAACGAAGCCCACAAGCAGAGGUGGAACGGUCCCUGUUUGAUGCCCGGCGGCGUCAAAUUCAGCACCUACGACCAUCCCAACGAGGUGGAGCCGGAUCCCGACGACGUCCGCUGCAUCCGGCACAGCAAGUCGGGCUGGUGGUUCAGCAAGUGCGACUCGGGGAACCUGAACGGUCAUUACCACGACGGGCCGUACAAGGCGAUGACGGACGACGGCGUGGUGUGGUACACGUGGCACGGCUGGUCCUACUCCAUCAAAUCCGUGGUCAUGAUGCUGCGAGCCGCUGACCUGGAUGCACACCUGGACGACGGCAGCAAGGCGGCCGGCAGCACCGUGCCUCCUCCUCGUCGUGCUCCUCCUCCUCCUCCUCCUCGUCCUCUUCCUCCUCGUCGUCCUCUUCCUCCUCGUCGUCGCGGUCAGUAAGGUCCCAACACCGGAGCUGGAAAAGCUUCACACACGUGAAACCUCGAAAUAAAAACCAGGCUGGCUUCAAUCUGA